GAGGCUGGGGGGGACCUUUUAUUUAUAUUGUUAAAGGGACAGAGCACUAAUUCCGUCUUGGAUUGGUCUGCGGGGGAGGGCUCGGCCUGAGGAGAUUCUAGUUUCUCCCCCACCCUCAGCCUAGCUAGAGGAUCCCAGAGAGAGAAGGAGAGUUUUCUUCCCCCGCUUUGGCCGUCAGAGGAGAGAGAGCGAGGGAGAGACCCAAAGCCUCUUAGCAACACAGCCCCGUCUCCUCCUCGACUCCUGCUAACUGCUUGCUGUUGCUUGGCCCUGGCUGGAGACACCUCACCACACACACACAGGAGCAGCAGCAGCCAGUUCACCAGCCCCCCCCAUCCCCCCGCUCUCCCCUCCUCCCCCUUUAUUACCCUUUGUGUGUCUCUCUCUCCACUGCUCCAGGAAAGGAUAUAAAAGUGGGGUGCAGCCAAGGUUAUCAUGGACAGCCUGUAUUGUUGGAUGAUCAUAAUUGUUGAAAAUGAUACUUUUUUCAAAGACAACUUUUAAAAUUGAAGAUUUUACACACAAAAGGAGGAAAAAGCAUUGUCUUAGCUAACUGGAAAUUCAGAGCACUGUACUGUUAAACCUUCUCAAGAGUUAAGCAAACUUCCAAAGCUUGUGUUGGCCUUUCCCAUCGCUUCCUUUAGUAUCACUUAAAUUUUCUUGUUGGAACUAUAUCAUCAUGAGAGAAUCAGAAGAGGUAUCCUGCAGUACCUUGGAUAAUGAAUGGAAGAGGACAAGAAAACAAAAAGAACAUGGCAUAUAAGAGGAUUUAAGACCUGGAACUCUUAGCUAUAACAAACCUGUAAAAAUGGGGCUUAUUCUGUCAAAGUACAAAUUACUGUAGGCAAUCAAGUUUGGAGUCAUGCUGUUGAACUAGAAAUAAGUGUUUCUCUAUUUUUGGCCAGUAACGGAACAUUGAUGGAUUAUGAUUUUCCCAAUUUGGAAACAUUCAUUUUUACCCAUUUAGGCUAUCUUCAUGACUACAUAAAGAACAUUUCAUACUUAAUAUUGAUCAGAAUGGGCAACUGAACUUGUCCAAACGCACAAACACAAAAAUGGCAAAUUUUGCAGACUUGGUUCCAAAUUGAGCCAGAGCUUCCCAAUGCACUUUUUACAAUCUGGGAAUCACUGUAUGUAUGGCCGCCUUCUGAAGGCCAUGAUGACAUAUAAAAUAAGGAUAUCAUCUUCUUGUUGAUAUCUUUGAAGAAUAAUAAGCAGAAUCAGAAAAAUGAAUGGAGGCAAGGAAUGUGAUAGUGGGGACAAGGAUGGAGGGCUGCCUGCAGUACAAGUUCCAGUUGGUUGGCAACGGCGGGUGGAUCAAAAUGGAGUUCUGUAUAUUAGUCCUAGUGGGUCUUUAUUGUCCUGUUUGGAGCAGGUCAAAACAUACCUGCUGACAGACGGAACGUGCAAGUGUGGUUUAGAAUGCCCUCUCAUCCUUCCCAAGGUAUUUAAUUUUGAUCCUGGAGUUGCUGUGACACAAAGAACAGCUGAAGAUGUUAAAGCCGAUGAAGAUGUCACUAAGCUAUGCAUUCACAAAAGGAAAAUUAUUGCAGUGGCUACACUACAUAAAAGCAUGGAAGCUCCCCAUCCCUCUCUGGUUCUGACUAGUCCUGGUGGUGGAACAAGUGCAACUCCAAUAGUACCAUCACGAGCAGCAACUCCAAGAUCAGUGAGGAAUAAAUCACAUGAAGGGAUUACAAAUUCUGUGAUGCCAGAAUGUAAGCCUCCUUUCAAGUUGAUGAUGGGGGCCUCAAAUGCCAUGGGUAGGCUCUAUGUGCAAGAGAUGACUGGAAGCCAGCAACAAGAACUUCAUUCUGUCUAUCCCAGGCAGAGAUUGGGCAGUAAUGAACAUGGACAGAAGUCUCCAUAUCGGGGCAGUCAUGGAGGAAUGCCUAGUCCAGCUUCAUCAGGAUCACAAAUAUAUGGAGAUGGCUCAAUCUCUCCUAGGACAGACCCACUGGGAAGCCCAGAUAUUUUCACAAGGAACAAUUCCGGUUUUCAUGGAGCACCUAACUCUAGCCCUGUUCAUAUGAACAGAACUCCUUUAUCCCCACCUUCAGUAAUGCUACAUGGUUCUCCUGUGCAGUCAUCUUGUGCAAUGGCUGGAAGGACUAAUAUACCUCUUUCCCCAACCUUGACCACAAAAAGUCCAGUAAUGAAAAAACCCAUGUGUAACUUUUCAGCUAGUAUGGAAAUACCACGUGCAAUGUUUCACCACAAACCACCCCAAGGCCCUCCACCACCACCUCCACCUUCUUGUGCUCUUCAGAAAAAGCCAUUGACAUCAGAGAAGGAUCCACUUGGCAUUCUUGACCCUAUUCCUAGCAAACCAGUGAAUCAGAAUCCUGUUAUCAUUAAUCCAAGUACUUAUCACUCUAAUGUCCACUCUCAGGUACCUGUGAUGAAUGUAAGCAUGCCUCCAGCCGUUGUCCCUUUGCCAAGUAAUCUCCCUUUGCCAACUGUAAAACCUGGUCAUACAAACCAUGGGAGUCAUGUGCAAAGAGUUCAGCACUCUGCUUCAACCUCUCUCUCACCCUCACCAGUAACAUCACCAGUUCAUAUGAUGGGGUCUGGAAUUGGAAGGAUUGAGGCUUCGCCCCAAAGAUCACGAUCAUCUUCCACAUCAUCCGAUCAUGGAAAUUUCAUGAUGCCUCCAGUAGGACCACAGUCAUCUUGUAGUAAUAUUAAAGUUCCUCCUCGAUCACCGAGGUCAACAAUAGGAUCUCCUAGACCAUCCAUGCCAUCAAGUCCUUCUACCAAGACUGAUGGACUCCAUCAAUAUAAGGACAUCCCUAAUCCAUUGAUUGCUGGAAUGAGUAAUGUAUUAAAUCCUCCAAGCAAUGCAGUUUUUCCACCCGCAUCUGCUGGAAGUGGGCCUAUAAAAAGUCAGCCUGGCUUGCUGGGGAUGCCUUUAAAUCAGAUCUUGAACCAGCAUAAUGCUGCCUCUUUUCCAGCUAGUAGUUUACUCUCAGCAGCAGCCAAAGCACAGCUAGCAAAUCAAAAUAAACUUGCUGGUAACAAUAGCAACAGCAGUAGCAACUCUGGAACAGUUGCCAGUGGUGGCAGCAAUGAUGGACAUAGCACUUUAAACACCAUGUUUCCUCCUACUGCCAACAUGCUUCUACCAUCAAAUGAAGGGCAAAGUGGUCGAGCAGCACUACGAGAUAAACUGAUGUCUCAACAAAAAGACCCUUUAAGGAAAAGGAAACCACCAACCACUACAGUAUUGAGUUUGCUUAGACAGUCUCAGUUGGAUAGUUCUGGAGUUCCUAAAUCUGGGCCUGAUUUAAUAAGAAAGCAGAACCAAGGAUCAUUUCCCAUCACUUCUAUGUCCCAGCUACUUCAGUCCAUGAGUUGUCAAAGCUCUCAUAUGAGCAGCAAUAGCACUACUGGUUGUGGGAGCUCAAAUACUGUUUUGCCUUGCUCUGCUAACCAGCUGCAUUUUACAGACACUAAUAUGAGCUCUGGCAAUCUUCAGAAUUCACUGACACAGAAUAUACCUCUAAGAGGGGAAAGUAUGCAUUGCCAGAAUUCAAACACUAACUUUGGCCAUGGAACUAGCCCCAUUCCAAACAACCAUCUUACAGGCUUAAUAAAUCAGAUGCAAGCCAGUGGGAAUUCUGGGGUGCUCAGUCAGUCUGGAAUGGCAUUAGGAAGCUCAUUACAUCUGAACCCAGCUCAGCCAAGAAUCCAAGCAGCCUCCACUCCAGUGAUACCAAACAGCGUUGUGAGCAGUUGCAAUCAAACAAGUCCUGAAACAGGGAGGGCAGGACCUUCAUCAUCCACUACAAUAGCUGGCACCAGUCAACCAGCCAUCACUAAAACCACAUCGGUUCUUCAAGACGGUGUCAUCGUCACAACUGCAGCUGGAAACCCACUUCAUAGCCAGCUCCCCAUUGGGAAUGACUUUCCUUUUGUUGGUCAUGAUCAUGCUCUGCAUUUUCCACAGAACAGCGCUUCAAACAACAAUCUUCCGCAUUCUUUGAAUCCAAAUCUCUUUAGUUCUCUGCCUAUCUCUUUGCCAGUGAAUCAGCAGCACCUCCUAAACCAGAAUCUAUUAAAUAUACUGCAGCCUUCAGCAGGAGAAGGCAAGUCUGAAGUCAACCUCAAUCCUUUAGGUUUUCUCAACCCAAAUGUCAAUGCUGCUUUAGCUUUGCUCUCCAGUGAUGUGGAUGGGCAGGUGAUGCAACCUGUUCAUUUCCAGCUGCUAGCAGCUCUUCUCCAAAACCAAGCCCAAGCAGCUGCCAUGUUCCCCUUACCACCUUUCAAUCUAUCCAUCUCAGAUCUGUUACAGCAACAGCAAAACAAUCCUAUGCCCUCAGUAGCACAGAUGACAGCCCCACCACCAGAUCAUUUGCUAAGCAGUCAGUCAGACACCAACAGAGCUGAGACCCUGUUAACCAGCCCUCUGGGAAACCCUUUCCCAAGCUUUUCAGGCACAGACACUACUUCAAAUCCCCUCUUCCUCCCAGCUGUCACUGGGGCCUCAGGAUUAAUGACCUUGAAUCCCCAGCUGUUGGGAGGUGUUCUGAACUCUACAUCGGGAAACACUGCCAAUCAUCCAGAGGUUUCCAUAGCAACCUCCUCCCAGGCUACCACUACCACAGCCACUACAUCAUCAGCAGUGGCAGCACUGUCUGUCUCAACACUUGGUGGGACAGCAGUGGUGUCAAUGGCAGAAACAUUGCUGAGCAUAUCUAAUAAUGCUGGGAGUACAUCUGGUCCAGCUAAACUCAACAGUAACUCUGUGGUGCCACAGCUACUUAACCCUCUACUGGGGACAGGUCUGCUUGGAGAUAUGUCAUCAAUAAACACUGCUCUUAGUAACCAUCAGCUAACGCAUCUGCAGUCACUAUUCAACAACAAUCAGAUGUUUCCUUCAAAUCAACAGCAGCAACUUCUCCAAGGCUAUCAGAAUCUCCAAGAUUUUCAAGGACAGCCCCCAAUUCCUGGGCCGCCUAACAAUCCAAACCCUAUGGCUUGUCUGUUCCAGAAUUUCCAGGUGAGAAUGCAAGAAGAGGCUGCUUUCCUAAACAAGAGAAUGAUCACUCAGAUGGGGAUGCCACCAAUUCCUGAAAGCCCCAACGCACCACUUCCACCUUUUCUGGAUUCUCCAUGCAACUUGCAGCAACGGACAGAGCCAUCCAUAGGACAGCAGACCAAGGACAACCCCAGUCUAGGUGCCCAGGGUGAUGCUUCAGUCGAUGCUAUCUACAAAGCGGUGGUAGAUGCCGCAAGCAAGGGGAUGCAAGUAGUAAUCACCACUGCAGUUAACAGUACAACGCAAAUGAGCCCCAUCCCCGCUCUGAGUGCCAUGAGUGCCUUCACAGCCUCAAUUGGUGAUCCAUUAAAUCUCUCCAGUGCUGUCAGCGCAGUUAUCCAUGGAAGAAACAUUGGCAUUUCUGAGCAUGAAGGUAGGGCAAGGAACGCUAGGGGGGCACGAAUACUGAAGAAUUCAGAACACCUUAAAAAUUCCAGUGAGGGGGAUGGCUUGGAAUACUAUAAACCAGCGGGUUGCAACACGCCCAAAAAACAGUGGGAAGGGGAGCAAAGCCCUGGAGGGGACAUGAACAGAUGGAAGUGUGAGGAGUUUUUAGAUCAUCCAUCCCAUAUCCACAGCAGCCCUUGCCACGAAAGACCCAACCAUGUCUCCACACUGCCAUUGGUCCAAGGCAAGCAGCAUCCAAUACUGUUACCACAGCGAAACUGUCAAAGCGAUAAAAUGUUGGAGGAAAACUUCAGGUAUAGCCAUUACAAAAGAACUAUGAUGAGUUUUAAAGAGAGACUAGAGAACACUGUGGAACAAUGCGCACACAUAAACGGAAACAGGCCUCAACAGAGCAGAGGGUUUGGAGAGUUGCUGAGUGCUUCUAAGCAAGACCUGGCAGUGGAGGAGCAGUCUCCGAGUUCCUCAAAUAGCUUUGAAAGUUCUCUAGUUAAAGACUACAUCCAUUAUAAUGGAGACUUUAAUGCCAAAAGCAUUAAUGGGUGCGUGCCUAGUCCUUCCGAUGCUAAAAGCAUUAGUAGUGAAGAUGACCUAAGGAAUCCCGAUUCCCCUUCUUCCAAUGAGUUGAUACAUUACAGGCCAAGGACGUUUAACGUUGGGGACUUGGUCUGGGGCCAAAUAAAAGGACUGACUUCAUGGCCUGGUAAAUUAGUAAGAGAAGAUGAUGUUCACAACUCAUGUCAACAAAGCACUGAGGAUGGGAAGGUGGAGCCCGACAAGCUGAAGACACUAACAGAUGGUCUGGAAGCUUACAACCAUGUCAGAAAGAGGAAUAGAAAAAGUGGAAAAUUAAAUAACCAUUUAGAAGCUGCUAUACAUGAGGCCAUGAGUGAACUCGACAAGAUGUCUGGGAAUGUACACCAAAUUCCACAGGGAGACAGACAGCUGAAGCCUCCAAAACCGAAGAGGAGGAAAAUCUCUAGAUAACAUUGAAUGUCUUUGUUACUGGCCCAGUACUUAUUAAAAACAUGCACACAUACAUAUAUAUAUAUAUAUAUUGAUAAUAUCAGGAUGGAUAGAGUUCAUCACCACAGGGUGCUAAACAAAACAGUGGUACAGUAUUCUCGCUGGUAAAGAGGGAGAAAUCAAACCAGAUCCUCAGACAAUUACAAUGUGUCCAUAGAACCUUUUUUUCUAUAAUACUGCAAUUGUGAUUAUAAAAAAAAUAGUCCAAAUGUUUCUGCGAAAUUUUCAUUGUGUAUAUAGAUAAAACAGAAUUUCAUGGUGAUAUCUGAAAUGUAAAUAAUGUACAAUAUUGUCAUGUACAAGCGUACCUAAUGCACACUUUAUCUUUUAUUGUACAAAAAAAGUGUACAAAAUUCUUUGGUUUCUAUUGAGUACACAUACAAGAGACUACCAGUGUAAAGUGAUAAAUAAAAAUACAGCCUAAAUGCUUUUAUAUAAUAAUGUAAAAGAUGCUGUUUUUGUAUUUAACAGCAGUGAAAAGGCAUGAUUAUGUAAUACCUUAAUUAUGACAUAACACUUCUCGCCACUGAGUGUUCAUUUAUAGUGUCUGUUUGGAAUGAACCUUGCCUGGAAGUACUGUACUCCAUUUCAGGUCUCUGUAGGAGAGUGCAACCUUGCAGAUUCCUAAAGGGAUGUGGGAUUGCAGGUCUAACUAAGAAGUCAAAUGCUGCAACUACUAGUUGCAUUUUUUUUAUUUGACUGCGUUUUAAAGUAGAAUACUGUAGAUUUUUUAAUUAAAUAAUAUUUAGAUAGAAUAUUUUUAGUCAGCAGCUGCUUUAACAGAGUUUCAUAGCCACCUGCUUUAAAAUCGUAUUAGAACAAAAUCAAUUUUGAAAUCCUUCAGAUCCUAAAUUGGCAAGCCCAAUUUGUUGACGCUGAGAACAUAGUCCUUUGUAAUGUACAAUAGCAAUAGCACAGUCUGAAAAAACGUUCCCAUUGCUAAUGUUAUAACCAUCAGGCCUUACAGUACAACAAAAAGGUGUUCUAAAACUAAGGAAGGAGGUUCAGGGACCAGUUGUGCUUGCCUAUUUUUAACUGAAUUCAGUGGUAUUAUAUCAGCAUAAGUGGUCACUGAGUCGCCUUACCUGCCAAUACUGACACCUGUCAUACAGUAUUAAUAAACUAGGUGGCUUACAAAACUACUAGCGGCAGUGGCCAGGAUCCAAAGAAUUGCACAACCAGUUCUGUCUACCAAGAACCUCCUCCUUCCCCUCAAAAUGAUGCAACAAAAUACUUUUGAAACUGAAGGGACUUCCAAAAACGGUUUCCACUAUGGAGUGGGAUCUCUGGUAAAAAGGGGGAAAAAAUCCCAACAAGCUAAUGUAGUUCUUUGGAUCCAGCCAGUGAUGUUAUCAGUAUUAUGUAACAUAUCAGAUUUAUUUUAUUUAAUAAGAAUUAUUUAUACCAUUAACAGAUUCUGAUAUAUAUAAAUAUAUAUAAAUAUAUAUAUAUAUUAAUGUGGCAGAAAUGUGCAGGUUGAAUCUAUUAACCAGAUUAUUUAUGUUAUGUUAAGUUGAAAGAAAUGUGAAACGUAUGUUAGAAAGAUGAUCAUACACUACAGAUACACAAAACUAAAGCUGUGAGCUAUUCUCUAAAUACCAAUACCUUUAAAAGAAAGUGUAGCGCAAUGUUAUUUUCAGUGUUGGUGCUGUUUAUGGUGGCAAUGGCCCUCCCCUUCUUCCAGGCGUCCCAAAACAUAAUAUCAGUUCACCAUGCCUGGUUCCAAGAUGGAGUCCUUAGGACCACCUACUACCUCUUCAUCUGGGAGCCACCAUUUUAUCCUGAAGCAUCAUUCCUUAUAAUGGCCUAGUUACCUCUUCUAGCAAAGACUGCUGGUAAUCAGCAUCAUCUGAAGCUGAUAAUAAUGCCAGUAAACUAAUAACCAAAAUGUAGUGCUUAUAUACAAGGAAUACAGUUUCCCUGCCCAGUUCAUUGUCUCAGGACCCAAAGUUCCACUUAAAAACAAAAAAUAAAAAAAACCCACCCCUACCCCGCCCCUUGUGAGAUGAGCACCAAUAGUCCCAGAGGAUAAGAGAUCUGAAGGAAUGGCAUUCCUGCAAUCUGGUCUUCUGUGCCAAUGCACUUAGCACUAUCACUGGACUGCAUAUAAGUUGCUCUUCUCUCAUGUGGUCAGGUCUUUUUUUUUUCCCACACCCCAACCUGAUGGAAUGCAAUUAGCUACACUACACUACAGUGGCCUGGAGACAGAACCCUUCCUUCUACAGGGUAGGUUCAUUUUGUCCUUUUGUGUAAUGGCAGGGUAUCUUGCCACAGUCCUACAUGAAAACUCAUGUGAAGUGAUCUUUUGUGUAGUUUAGUUAGCACUCUUUUUUUUGUUACAAGUUGAUGUGUUUGUUACGUUUAAAGAGUUAAUGUUGUCCAUUU